AACCAACACCCAUGGAAAUAAACAAAACUUCAAUGAAAACUUUCAAAACAUUUUGGUUAACCUAACAACCCAAAAGAGCGCGAAAUUCAAACUUGAAUUUUUUUUCGAUUUCAAGUUGAAAAAAACAAGAAUUUAUCAUGAUCGUGAUGAAUUUAGAGCUGAGAGGAGAGAGAAAAGUUAUUUAUUUGUAUCUUCUCCUCCUUUCGAUUACAAAUUAAUAUUAAUUAACUUGUUCAAUCAAUAUUUAGGAUGGAAAGUUAAUCAGAAAUAUUUACAACCAUUGAGAGAAAUCAGUUGAUUAUUCUGUUAGUAUUUCUUUUUAAAUUGUAAUAGUUUCAUUUUCUCUUAAUCAAAAUUGAAUUUUAAAUUGAAAAGUGAUUCAACGAAGGAUAUUAAUGGUCUAUAGAAUAAAUUGGGUUUUUCCCCUAUUUUUUUCCUCACCAAUUCGUUGGACAAUUGGGACAAUAUUAUGAUCGAUUUGUUCGAGGCAAAUGCUCAGAAAUUUUGAACGAUUUACCAAUGAAUUUAUUUCGCAUUUAAGAUUAAGAUGAAGUUAAAAGGGUUAUCACCUUGGAGAAUAUAAAUCUAAAUGAAGGAUUAAAGCAAAUAGUUUAAUAUCUUCAAGGUAAAUGGUCAAUUCGAAGAGACCAAAUCAAGUUUGGCCGAAGAUCAUUUAGAUCGUUUAAAUAGUGUUUUUCUAAACUUAGUGGUCAGUUUGUUUCUUUACUCAAAUCGACUGAUUGUUUUUCUUAAUUUCCGUCCAAAGAUUUGAUCGUUUCAACCAAAUAUCUGGACAAUUUAUUGAUUGUUUUCGGUGUAAUUAUGUUGGUUUAUAUCAGAAAACGAGGAAUCGUCAAUCUAAUCCUUAUCAUCUCAUUGUUAAUUCAGUGUCUCUGUCAACCAGCAAUUAAAUCAAAUAAAACUAAACGAAGGGGUAACAAACGUAAAUCAAACGAAAAGGUAACAAUUAGCUCAACUUUCGAGCUGAAUAUGAAGAAAGCUUCACUCACAGAUUUUAUUCAUUUCGCAAACGAUAUAAUUAGUGGUGCAAUUGUUCCCGAAACUAGUGAUGUGAAUGGUAAAACAUAUGAUCUUAAUUGGUCAUCUGAUCAAAUCGGAACAUCGAUGAAAAAAUCUGAUGGUCAAGAAAUAUCACUUAAUCUUGUCGUUCUCGAUAAAUAUGCUUCAUUAAUCCGUUCAUUUGGUGGACCUAAACACAAAUUUCCAGUGAAAUCACAAGUUCUUAAAUCCACCAGACACACCCAACGCCCAGUCCUUCAAACAAUUAUCGAUUUCAUUGAAGAGCAAACCACUCAACAUUAUUCUCGUGACAUCGGUCAAUUUAUGGUCAACCAAGCGGCUAAAUUUACAGAGCUCUACGUCUCAUCCAGUGCUAAGAUGCUUUCAUCUGGACUCUUGACCAUUGCAUCUUGGCUUGAAAAGAAAGAAUCUAAAGAAACAAAAGAAUCAAAAAUCAAAUUUAAACCAUCAAAAAGACCAAAACAAUUAAUUUAACAAAUUCUAUCAAUAAAUAAUCUUCAACAUCUUC